AUGCGGCUGCUCCCUGGGCUCUUGCUGGCCGCUGCCUUGAGCCUGGAGCUGGGUGAGUCCAGGGCCUUGAAUUGUCACCAGUGCAAGGGCUUCGGAGGGUGCCUCAAUGCGUCCAGAUGCCCCUGGGGCUCCAACUACUGUGUCAGCAUCGGCACCCGAGUCCCCCUCAGCGUCAUUGACCUGCCUCUGGUGACCAAAUCGUGCUACAGCGGCUGUCCGGACAUCCCCAGCCUGGGCCUGGGCCCCGACGUGUCCAUCGUCUGCUGCCAGUACAGCCUCUGCAACACCGACUGACCGCCGUUCCCCCUCAGCUGUCCCCCCACUCACAGAGCUGACAUGUGCCCAGACCCCCAGGCAGACGCUGCUCCCCAGGCAGCUGAGCCGGGCCACCAGGGCUGGGGAGACGCUCGAGGAGCGUCCCAGGGCAGAGCAGCAGCUCGGAAGAA